AUGAACAUAUCACAGCUGUUUCAGUCGUAUCAGGACUUGUCCGGGCAGCAGAUGAACCAAAUCAAUGAGUAUGUGGCGCGAGCCCUGCUGCACGUGGUCCACAUUCACAUUAUGAGCGUGACGCCGUCGCUGGUGCUGACCCUCUGCUGCCGCAACAAUCAUACGUGCAACUUCUACACCGAGAUGAUGACCGUACUCUUUCGAGACUGGGGCAUAGCCCCGCUCCAGAUAGUCACUGUGGAGCAGGGCAUUCUGCGAAAAUUUGUUCCGGGUCGCCGACACUACAAUAUCAUAUUCACGGACUCCUAUGCGGCCUUUGCGGAGAUCGAGGUGGAGGCCCACUCCAAGGAGUACAACUACAACGAGUACUAUUACAUCUUUCUGCAAGCACGUGAUCGUCUGCUGCUGAGCGAGAUGCAUCGCAUCUUCGAGCAUUGCUGGCGCCACCAGCUCAUCAAUUGCAACGUCCAGGUGCAGCGCGCCAAUGGCGACAUCCUGCUUUACACGUACCUGCCAUUCGGGCCCGAGAGCUGUGCAGAUACGACGCCCAAGCUGAUUAAUCGCUACAACGGCAGCCACAUGCUAAAUCCGCAGCUCUUUCCCCGCAAGCUGAACAAUUUCUUUGGAUGUCCACUGCGCGCAGGGCUGUUGCAUUUACCGCCGUACCUCUAG